GUUACAGAUGAGCCGUUUUUGAGCUUACACAGGAGCUCAGCUCCGCACCUUGGGUUGGAGUCGGAAGAUUUUCCGAAAAGACAGGGAAUUAGAUACAAUUUCUCUCCCUGAAGGUCGGUCAUCCAUUUCGCCAGGCUCUCUGACCAGGACAAAGUCCUGUUUUGUGAGUCAUUUACCUGCCGUUGUUCUCCACCUCCCCUCUCUGAAGGGUUUAAUGUUACACCUACUGCGAGACUUUACCUGUUCAGAUCUCCUCUGCUGACGUCCCAUUCAUCUCAUCUACCUUCAUAUCCCAGGUCCUACCUUUCAAAUGAGCGCCCAGGAGGGGAGUGUGUAGCCUGAAGUUGCAGCAGUCAUGGCAGAAGCAUCCCCUUUAGCUAGCUCCCCGACAGACAGCGAUCUAUUUUCCCCAGCCCCUGACCUGUGCGCGUCAUGCGGCCACAGCCACAAACUGGAGGAGAACCAUGAAUACGUCUACCAGGACGAGGUGGACGAUGACCUUGUCUGCCACAUCUGUUUGCAGCCGCUCAUCAGGCCCCUGGACACACCUUGCGGUCACACCUACUGCCAGGAGUGCCUCACCAGCUUCCUGCUGGAGGGGGACUUCUGCCCCGUGUGCCGCAUGCCCCUCAUGCUGCAGAGCUGCAGAAAGCCCAGCCUCCUGGUGCACAAGCUGCUGGAUAAGCUGAUGGUGGUCUGCCCUUUCACGGAGUUUUGCACCGAAACCCUGCCUCGUAGUGACCUGGAAGACCACAUCAAGGGCAGGUGUAAAGGGGCCUCCCACUAUGGACUCUCGGCAGACAGGAAGCGGCGCUCGCAGGAGGGGGAGUGCACAGACAGCACGUCAGAACUCACCGUCGCCACGCUGCCCAACGACGGACCCACCUCCGCCGCCGUGGCUCUGCUCUCAGACGAACCCGGUCUGGUCAACCCGGCCUUCGACCCCAGCAUGGAGGACAACAGUCAGUCAGGCAGCAUGACCAGCCUGGCGGCUCGCAGCAGCAGCAAGAAGAUCAGAAAUUUUGACCGGUCUUCGGUGAGGAGCCGCUCCUUCAGGAGGUUGAACCGGGCGUUCAGCGUCCUGCGGAGGACCAAGAGCGGCACCGCCGUCAGCAAUGAGACAUCCGAGGAGCGAGACAACGCCAGGAAUUCCAGCGUGCCACCAGAAGUGCUGGCUCUUCCUCAGCUGCAUCACUUGAUCCCUGAUGGAGAACUCACCAGUAUUAAGAUCACGCGACAGGAUCCCUCAGACCCGCUGGCCAUCAGCAUCGUCGGCGGCAACGAGACCCCUCUGGUUCGCAUCCUCAUCCAGGACAUCUACAGAGAGGGUGUCAUCGCUCGGGAUGGUCGGUUGUUGCCCGGCGACAUGAUUCUUAAGGUCAACGGCAUCGACAUCAGCAACGUGCCUCACCACUUUGCCGUGACCACUCUCAGACAGCCGUGCCAGCUCCUGCGGCUCACCGUGCUCAGAGAGCAGCGGCACCGCUACCGUUCGCACUCGCACGGCCACACUCCGGGCGCCGGGGUCCACCAGUCCGCCGGACAACCCAACUACCCGAUGAGAGACGACGGCGUUCACGCGGCCCUGAACGGCCACAGCAACGGAGCCGGGGUCCACCCGUCUCUCGGCCAGCCCCACUAUCCGGUGAGAGACGACAGCAUUCACGUGGUGCUGAAAAAGAGCCUUCCGGAUGAACAGCUGGGGAUCAAGCUGGUGCGGCGAGCAGAGGAGCACGGGGUCUAUAUCUUUCACCUGCUGGAGGGCGGCCUUGCCGCACGUGAUGGACAGCUGUGCAUAGGCGACCGCGUGCUGGCCAUCAACGGACACGACCUUCGUUACGGGGCGCCGGAGCACGCCGCUUUGCUCAUCCAGGCAAGCGAGCAGCGUGUGCACUUCAUCGUAUCUCGUCAGAUCUGCCUGCCCACCCCAGACAUCCUACAAGAAGGACCGUGGGGCAUGGAUGGCCCCCCACCAUACUCCCCUGUGGAUAUGGAGCAAACGCUUCUGGACUCAUGUCAGAAGCCCACAUGCUACGAGAAGACAGUGACACUAACCAAGGAGCCGUACGACUCCCUGGGAAUGACGGUGGCGGGUGGAAUGUCCAGCCGAGGAUGGGACCUUCCCAUCUACGUUACAAAUGUGGACCCGGACGGAGUCGUGGGACGGGAGGGAUCCAUUCGCAAAGGGGACAUUUUGCUGAACGUGAACGGCAUGGAUUUGACGGGGGUGACCCGAGGCGAGGCCGUGGCCAACUUGAAGAACACCUCCUCUCCGGUUGUGCUCAAGGUGCUGGAGAUGGGCCCCCCGGAGGACAGCCUGCAGGAGUACCCAUUGCCGCCUUGUCUCACGCCGUCCCCCACAGACAGCACCAAGAGCCCGCUACCGAACGACGACUACUCCCCGCUGUGGGUUUCAUGGCUCCAGCUGCCCAGACACCUCUACUGCUGCAAAGACAUCGUGCUGCGGCGGAACACGUCGGGCAGCCUGGGCUUCAGCAUCGUGGGAGGUCAGGAGGAGGUCAACUGCAAUCAAUCCUUUUUUAUCCGCUCCAUCGUGGAGGGGACGCCGGCCUACAACGACGGCAGGAUAAGGUGUGGGGACGUCUUGCUUGAGGUGAACGGGAAGAGCACAUGGGGGAUGACGCACACGGCACUGGUCCGCCUCUUGAAGGAGCUGCGGGGCAGAAUCACCCUGACCAUCGUGUCUUGGCCGGGCAGCCUGCUGUAACGGGGCAUCCGGGCCAUCCGGCACCUCUUUAUCGGCACUGACCGAGGAAUGUGGAGGGCAGAGCUUUAGACUGGCCGACCACCCUAAGCUGGCUGUGCGGGAGACAAGCUCAGGACUGUGUGGAUACCUCGCUGCAGAUGGGCUGCCGGGACAUUGCCAGGACUUUGCAGGGGCACCGAUAUUAGACUGGAUUGUUUUCAGAAGUUUGACUCGCCCCCGAGGAAAUUCUGAACUAAAAAGAUCCAGGCUGGAUGUCGGAUGCUUGUCUGUUUAGAGGACAUUGUCUGCGUCUUGGAACAGCAUCCAGCGAGUGGGGGUGGCAGGACUGAAAGGAGACACAACCCGUUGCCAAUUUCAGUAGAUAUAUAUUAGGAUAUGCGUUAAGAUGGACUCACAUUUAUUUACGUAAAUGUUGGGUGUCUACAAAAAAAAAAAA